AACAUCUAAACUAGCAGCUAUGGAGAAACCUGAGCGUGUGGAAGGAAAGGUAGAUUGGAGGGGAAGAACAGCUCUGAAGCACAAACAUGGAGGAAUGAGAACAGCAUUGAUGAUCAUAGCUGCAUUUGGCUUUGAGAACAUGGCGAAUAUUGCACUGACUGUGAACUUGGUGACUUAUUUCAAUGGGAUUUUGCACUUUGAACUGCCUGAUGCAGCCAAUGAGCUCACUAACUACAUGGGCACAAGCUUCUUCCUUACCAUUCUGGUUACCGUCCUCACUGACACUUACAUUGGCAGAUUCAAAGCUGUUCUUUUUUCUGGAUUCAUAGAGUUCUUGGGACUGGCAUUGCUAACAGUCCAAGCCCACUUCCCCUCACUAAGGCCGCCUCUCUGUAACGUCUUCGAAAAAACCUGGCAGUGUGGAAAACUCAAAACCGGAGAUGCCGCAUUCCUCUUUGUGGCACUGUACUUGUUGGCUGCUGGGACGGCGGGGUUCAAAGCCGCCUUUCCAACCCACGGAGCCGAUCAAUUUGACGAGAAGGGCCCAAAAGAGACCAGACAAAUGUCUAGCCUUUUCAAUUGGCUCCUCCUCGCCCUCUGCAUCGGCGGUGCUGUCAGUCUGACUCUCAUCGUGUGGAUCCAAGAUGAGAGAGGAUGGGAUUGGGGGUUUGGAAUCUCCACCGUCACUAUUCUCUGCGGCGUCAUCGUCUUCCUCGCCGGAUUUCCUCUGUUUAGGAUCCACGUCGCUAAUGGAACCAGUGCCAUCGUCGAAAUCAUUCAGGUAUAUGUUGCAGCCAUCCUGAACCGUAAAUUGGAACUUCCUGAGAACCCAAUUGAGCUUUACGAGGUUGACCGGGGAGUUGCCGGAGAAACCGAAUUCCUUCCUCACAGGGACAUUUACAGGUUCCUGGACAAAGCAGCCGUGCAAAUACCAUCUACUGAGCAAUUCGGCGCUCCGAAUCCAUGGAAACUUUACCGUGUAACCCAAGUAGAAAACGCAGAAAUCAUCCUUGGAAUGACCCCUGUUUUCCUCUGUACCAUUAUCAUGACCCUCUGUCUCGCCCAACUCCAGACCUUCUCCGUCCAACAAGGCCUCACUAUGGACACAAGAAUCACCGGAGAUGUUAAACAUCUCUCCCCAUUAUCUCGUCACCUUCCUCGUCAUCAUGAAAAAGUGGACGUGUUUUCAUUUUGCUUUAAUUCUACAAGAGGACACAGGAUUUUCUCAUAAUUUUUUUUUUUUUUUGACUUUUUCUAGAACUUCAGGUUGAUAGAAAGCUUUUUAACAUUGUAAGAAUCUACCUAUUGCAUUUAUACACUGCAUGGUUCCUUGUUUAGUAACCAUGCACUUAUUUUGUGUUUCGCAUUUAAUAUAGGAUAGGUUAUAAA